GCAAACCGCCACACUGCUGUCAGUUGUCUAACGUAGCGCCAGCAAGUCACUGUAUUUCGUUACCGCCCUGCAGUAAAUAGUGCAAAAAAACCCUCCUUCCACCAUGAAAUUCGCCGUCGUGUUUGCCGCCGUUCUGGCCGUCGCUCUUGCCGCACCCGCCGACGAGCGGGACGCUCAGGUGCUGAAGUACGAGAACGAUAACCUGGGUGUCGAUGGAUACAACUUCCAGUACGAAACCAGCAACAACAUUAACCGCGCCGAGACGGCCGAGCUGAAGAACUUCGGAGACGAUGUGGCCGCCCUGGUCGUCCGCGGCUCGUACUCGUACACCGGCCCCGAUGGACAGGUCUACACCGUGAACUACGUCGCCGACGAGAACGGUUUCCAGCCGGAAGCUCCCCAUAUCCCGCGCCUGUAAGGAGGGAAACUAAGCAAAGGAUCUCUCUCUCUCUCUCGCUCUACUUUUCCUUCUGUCUCGCGCUCUAUUUCCCAAACACUUCUCUGUUAUUAGCUUGUUAAGGUUAAUGAAACAUUCUGCGAGCAACAGUACACCACCACCUUCACCCAAUAAAAGCUGUGACCUGA